GUGUGUGAGAUGUGUGGGAUGGAGGGGGCUGGAGAUGGUGUCAUAAGAAGAAGUGGAUGCUUCAGAAAGAGGUGGGACCUGAUGUCACUGGCCAGGGACAUAAAAUAGACCAGUACUUGGUCUUGUCAAUUCAUACCACUUUGAGGAUCUUCAUCCAUUCAGAGCCAAAACUCCAGGCUCUCCGCCUCAAACCCACCAGCAACCAUGAGCCAGUCAUACUCAUCCAGCCAACGUGUGUCUUCUUACCGCCGCACCUUCGGCGGUGCAUCUCCAUCAUAUACCAGAACCUCUUUUGGGCCUAAAGCAGGUUCUGCCAGCUCACUGAGCUCCAGAGUAUACCAGGUUUCCCGUUCCGCAGCAGCCCCAAGUCUCUCCAGUUUCAGGGCAUCACGGAUCACCCCAGUAAGAGGAAGCUACUCUACAGAUGUUCUCGACUUUAGCCUUGCAGAUGCAAUGAACCAGGAAUUCCUGCAGACAAGAACCAAUGAGAAGGUUGAGCUACAGGAGCUGAAUGACAGAUUUGCCAAUUACAUUGAGAAAGUACGCUACCUGGAGCAGCAGAAUGGCAUCCUGGUCGCUGAAGUCAACCGAAUCAAAGGCAAGGAGCCAACAAGAAUCAGUGAGCUGUAUGAGGAAGAGAUGAGGGAGCUGAGGCACCAAGUGGACAUCAUUACUAAUCAAAGGUCCAGGGUGGAGGUGGAAAGAGAUAACCUGGCAGAUGACCUUCAGAAAUUGAAGCAGAGGUUGCAGGAGGAGAUCCAGCUUAAAGAGGAUGCUGAGAAUAAUCUGUCAGCCUUCAGAGCGGAUGUCGAUUCUGCAACCCUGGCUCGGAUUGACCUGGAGAGGCGUAUUGAGUCCCUGCAGGAGGAGAUUGCAUUCCUGAAAAAGAUUCACGAGGAGGAAAUUCGGGAUCUCCAGUCACAGCUACAAGAGCAACAGGUCCAGGUAGAAUUGGACGUUUCCAAACCAGACUUAACUGCAGCCCUCAGAGACAUCCGUGCUCAAUAUGAGAACAUUGCUGCCAAGAACGUAUCAGAAGCUGAGGAAUGGUACAAGUCCAAGGUGUCUGACCUCAACCAGGCUGCACAGAAAAACACGGAGUCUCUGCGCCAGAGCAAGCAGGAGCUGAUGGAAUACCGCCACCAAAUUCAAUCCUACACCUGCGAGGUUGAUGCUCUCAAGGGAACAAAUGAUUCCCUGAUACGCCAGAUGCGGGACAUGGAGGAAAGGUACAAUGGAGAGGCAGUUGGCUACCAGGAUUCCAUUGGCCGGCUAGAGGAGGAAAUCCGUAACCUGAAGGAUGAGAUGGCGAGACAUCUUCGCGAGUAUCAGGACCUGCUGAAUGUCAAGAUGGCAUUGGAUGUUGAGAUUGCCACUUACCGUAAACUGCUGGAAGGAGAGGAGAGCAGGAUCACACUUCCCAUCCAGACAUAUUCUGCAGUGAGCUUCAGAGAGACCAGCCCAGAGCAGAGAUCUGAAGUGCACACCAAGAAAACAGUCAUGAUCAAAACUAUUGAGACCCGAGACGGAGAGAACUGAGCACCCUCCUGUUCCUCUAGGACCCUGGUCGUCAGUGAGGCUUCCCAGCAGCAUCAAGAGGUCCUGUGAGUGGGCACAUGAAGAGGAACACGUAUAAUGACCACAGUGCACAGCCUGAGCGCAACUCUGCUGGACAAAUGGCAUCUCAUGCUGUACCCUGAUCACACAACUCUCACCCGUCACUGCUUCUCCCCAAAAUAAGGACUGUUAGGGAACCCCUCUGCUGGGGGGAAAUAAUGUCUUGAAGUAUACUCCUGGAGGUUUUACAUCCUUAUAAGACAGAAUGCAAUGAAACAAGAAAUAAAGUAUCCAACACUUUCGCAAAA